AUACAGUUAGGUGCGUCUGGCGUCUGCGGUCCUUACCAAACACACACACCUACUAUUUCCCACCAACCCCAUUUCCUCUUUUGAUUUUACACACACCCGCCUAUACAUAUAUCUACACAUUCUUCCUAUCUCUCAUCUCUCUCUCUCACGGCAACAAUGGCUUCUUCAUCUCUCUCCACCAAGCCGUUUCUCGGAGCUCCCAAUGGCGCCGGAUCGUCUCGGUUCGGAUCUCUUCUCCCCUCCGACCUUCGCAAUUUCACUUCUUCUACUCUUCAAUUCUCCGCUCGCCAUUCUCAUUUCAGAAAGCUCGAGAUACAAGCGGUUGGGAGUACAUAUGGAACAAAUUUCCGUGUUACGACAUUUGGUGAAUCGCAUGGUGGUGGUGUUGGUUGUAUAAUUGAUGGCUGUCCUGCUCGCUUGCCUCUCUGUGAAGAGGAUAUGCAAGUAGAUCUAGAUAGGAGGAGACCAGGUCAGAGCCGAAUUACUACCCCUAGAAAAGAGACUGACACGUGCACUAUCUAUUCCGGUGUUUCUGAUGGGUUGACUACUGGCACUCCAAUCAUGGUAAAGGUACCCAAUACGGAUCAAAGAGGAAAAGAUUAUUCUGAAAUGUCAAAAGCCUAUAGGCCUUCUCACGCUGAUGCAACAUAUGAUUUCAAGUAUGGGGUGAGAUCAGUACAGGGUGGUGGAAGAUCAUCAGCAAGAGAAACUAUCGGGAGAGUUGCAGCUGGCGCUGUUGCCAAGAAAAUUCUCAAACUAUAUUCAGGAACUGAGGUUUUUGCGUAUGUCUCUCAAGCCCACAAGGUUGUACUACCAGAAGGUUUGGUUGAUCACGAGACUCUGACUCUGGAGCAGAUAGAGAGUAACAUCGUACGAUGCCCAGAUCCCGAGUAUGCUGAAAAGAUGAUUGCUGCUAUUGACGCUGUUCGAGUGAAGGGUGAUUCAGUUGGUGGUGUUGUUACAUGCAUCGUGAGAAAUGUCCCACGUGGUCUUGGGACGCCAGUAUUUGAUAAACUUGAAGCUGAGCUGGCUAAAGCUGCUAUGUCGUUGCCCGCAACAAAAGGUUUUGAAAUUGGCAGUGGGUUUUCAGGUACAUUUCUGACCGGGAGUGAACACAAUGAUGAAUUUUUUAGAGAUGAACAUGGUCGUAUCAGGACUAGAACAAAUCGGUCUGGUGGGAUACAGGGUGGUAUUUCAAACGGAGAAAUCAUCACUAUGAGAGUAGCCUUCAAGCCAACAUCUACAAUUGGAAAGAAACAGAAUACAGUGACCAGAGAUAAACAUGAGACAGAGCUUAUUGCUCGUGGUCGCCAUGAUCCUUGUGUUGUCCCCAGAGCUGUGCCUAUGGUGGAAAGUAUGGUAGCUCUAGUGCUUGUGGAUCAAUUAAUGGCACAAUAUGCACAAAAUCAGCUAUUUCCUAUAAAUUCUGAUUUACAGGAAUCAGUUUUGAAGCCCGAGUCAGCUAACAUGCUUGUCUAAAGGGUGCACAUAGUGGAUUUCGACAUACUGUAUCUGUAUCAAAGCUUCUUUGUUUUGCAUAAAUGGAGAUAUUUUUUUUAAAUCAUGAAAGAGUGUGAUUGUUGUAGUAAGUUGUCAGAAUAUGGUAAUUAAUGGUUUAAGCGGCGGCAAGAAAAUAAUGCAGCCACUAUCGUUUUGACAUAUAAAAGAUUGAUUCAUUGGUUAGAAUUUCAUCUUGAUGUACUUUCUUUACAAAAUGAUAUAUAUGUGCUUAGUAUGGUA